AUGUUCCCAGCGACUUCCCUUGGGAUUAAAUUCGUGUCGCAGUACCUCAUCCCGAAUCGCACCCUCUUCAAUAAUGUCCAUCGGCCGAAGGCCAUAUUCAUCCAGCCCCAGGUGACCGGCCGACGGCGCUUUAACAUCGUUUCCUACGAGCAGGAAUUGCGCAUGGGCGAGCAGACCUACCGCGAAACGCUCCAAGCAGAGCGCGGGAAAGUGCUGCCCGACUCGCACCCGCUCACAAGAACAGUAGACCGAGUAUUGCAACGGCUUAUUCCAUUCUCGGGUCUCGAAAACGUCGACUGGAAAGUCCACGUCAUCAAAGAUGACCGCGUUGCGAACGCCUUUGUGAUCCCGGGCGGUAAGGUCUUCGUGUAUACCGGCAUACUUCCAAUAUGCAAGACGGAGGAUGGCAUAGCAGCAGUCCUGGGCCACGAAAUCGCACACACGGUCGCGCAUCACCCUGCAGAGCGGAUGAGUAACCACUUCCUGACGAUGGGAGCGGCAUUUCUCACAGCUCUUUUAUUCGAUGUGUCGGGUCAACUAUCAUCUUUGGUGAUGAAUUUUAUGUGGGGUUUGCCAAAUUCGCGGACGCAGGAGUCAGAGGCGGAUCAUAUCGGUCUCAUGAUGAUGGCCAAGGCCUGCUACAACCCCGAAGCUGCGGCGACGCUUUGGGCGUCCAUGCAAAAGCAGGAGAAGGGAGCUCCACCUCAGUUCAUGUCGACUCAUCCUUCGAGUUAUAAUCGGGAGGAGGCUAUCCGUAAGUUAUUGGAUAAGGCGAAUAAUCUCUAUGUGGAGAAUGGGUGUAGCUCCAUCGGGAGACAUGUGCCUGGAUUCUAUAGUGCAUUUGGCCAUAUGAAUUAG